AUGUCCGACUUCUCAGCCCUUGUCACUCUCCUCGCUGCGGCAGCCACUGCAGUCGCUCUGUAUGCUUUCGUUGGUGGAGUCUACCGAGUUUACUUCUCUCGGAACGCCCACAUACCAGGACCCAAACUUGCAGCCUUGACCUACUUCUACCAAGCCUACUACGACAUCUACCCGUACCAGGGCCAGUGGUUGUUCCAUCAGAUUGAACUUCACAAGCAGUAUGGACCAGUGGUCCGCGUUGGACCUGACGAGAUCCACAUCGACGAUCUUGACUUCUACACCGAGUUCGCUGGCACAAGCACGAAGCGUCGGGACAAAUCGUCAACAUGGUACUGGUUCACAGGCAUGAAGAGCACGGUCGGGCAGUCCGCUUUCGCUACCCUAGAUCACGAUCUCCACGCCCAUCGUCGCUCGGCCAUGAACGGGUUCUUCAGCAAGAGGAAAGUGCAAGACCUAGAAGAAAGAGUUCUGGUGCAUGUGAGGAAGACGGUCGAUCGACUACUCGAGUACAAGAACACUGGAGAGCUCGUUGAUCUGUUGUUCUUGAUGUCUGCGCUCACAUUGGACGUCAUCUCGGAGUACUCCUUUGGAAACAGUGUCCACAGUCUGGACACACCAGAUCUGGGUGCUCCCUUUAGAGCACAAAUGGAAGGGGGCGUGCAACUGCAUCCUGUCGCUCGACGAUUUCGAACGAUCAUCAGGUUCAUGAUUGAGGCCAUGGGCUAUGCAUCCAAGUAUUUGGGAAUCUUCAAAGAGUUCAAGGAGUUCGAUGACAUGAUUGCGGAUUUGACAGACCCGGCGUACAAGAAAGCGCUACAAGAGGGAGAUGAUGGAAAGAACGCUACUGAGACAUCCAUUGUACAGGCCAUGGUCUAUAGCAAGGUGCUUGCCCCUGAAGAGAAGACGCAGCUAAGGAUUCAAGCCGAGGCCAUGAACGUGGUUGCGGCUGGGACAGAGACGACGGCAAGAACGGUGGGAUUUCUUCUACUUCCCAAGAGUCACGACAUACUUACUGAUCGCGACCAGAUUGCCGUCGGAUUGUUCCAUGUCCUGAACGACCCAGAAAUCCACUCUCGCCUACUCGCCGAGCUCCGUACCGUCAUGCCCACAGCGACAUCUGACAUACCCUCCGUCAUUGAGCUCAUCAAACUGCCGUACCUCACCGCCUGUCUCCACGAAUCCACACGCGUAGCUCACGGCGUCGCCGGGCGCCUCGUACGUAUAUCACCCAACAAAGACCUCUUUUGCAACAACGUCAAGAUUCCCAGGGGUAGUACCUUCUCCGUAAGCCAUUACAUCCACCACACGAAUCAGGCCAUCUUUCCAGAACCGCACGCGUUCAAGCCAGAGCGUUAUCUGGGCGAGAAGUCGACAGAGACUCUCCGUUACUUGGUGCCCUUUGGCAAAGGCCCACGUAUGUGCUUGGGAAUGAACCUCGCGUGGAGUGAGAUGUACCUCUCGUUUGCUGCUUUGCUCGGAAGGGUGGAUAUGGAGUUGGUUGAGACGACGCUGGAGGAUGUUACGUAA